AUGUUGGACGGCACUCCGGUGCUGGGGGUGGGUGUGGGGGUGGGUGUGGCAGGGGUGGGGGGAGCGGGGGCGGGUGCGCAGGGGGGCGGGGGCCCGCGCACGGCCUCGAUCCGCGCCCGCCCCGCCUCGGGCCGCAUCACCGCCGCCGAGCUGGAAGAGCUGUUCCAGAGGCAGGCGGACGCCGAUGCGGACGCCGACACCAAUGGCGUGGGCUGCGCGAUGAUGACGCGCUCCGCCUUCCAAAGCGGCUCCACUUCGCCCCCGUGCUCGCCCUACUCGCCGGCGAGGCCCACGCGCGUCUACGCCUCCGUGGCGGAGAUGAAGCGCAGCCGCACCAAGUUGUGGAGCAAGACCGGCUCCCUGCGCCGCGAUUUCCACUCUACGCCCGACCUGGCGGCGGAGCUGGCGACUCGGCCCACCCGCACCCGCUCCAGCGACGACGUCCACGCCGCCGGCAGAGCGCCGCCGCCGGCCGAGGCACCUCCGCCUCCCCCCGGCGCGCCCGCCUCCUCCUUCCGGCCGAGCGCGGCCGCCAAGCUGUACGCCUCGCCGCAGGAGCUCGCGCGCGUCGCUUACCGCCCGGCGAACACCGACGCCCAGGCGCGUGGCGUAGCGGGCCCACGCGCGUGGGCGGGCAGCGCCCCACCGGUGGGACGCGCCCUGUCCGCCGACGACGCCGGCCACCAGUACGCGCAGCCCUUCAACCCGCACAAGCCCUUCGUGCGCCAGAGUUCUACACCUGCACCGCCAAUCCCAGAACCAGACUACAGCAUGUCGGAGUCGGACGACGAGCCCGACAAGCCGGCAGAGCCUGUCGCCGAAACCAGUGCCAACAGUAACGCCAGCGGCAGCAGCUCGGGCUCCGGCUCGAUGCAGCACUCGUUCUCCGUGGACGAGAUCCAGAAGAUCCGCACGCGGCUCAAGUCGUCCAAGUCGUGCGGCGACGAGCUGGCCGGCGAGCGCGACGACGGCGACAACUCGUCGUCGGGCGUCUCCUCCGACCAGGAGGCGCAGGCGAGGCCGCGCCGCGACAAGGUCUCCUUCUGCGCGUCCGUCACCGUCAAGUCGUCCAACGACGUCAUCAGCACCGAGCCGGUGCACAGCUCGAGCGAGAGCCUCGCGCCGAUGCAGCGCCACAACUCGCUCACGCGGAAGCGCGCCGCGGCGCUGCUGCGCGGCGGCGUGGGCGUGGGCGCGGGCGGCGGGCGUGGGCGCUCCGCCGCCGAGCGGCUGGGCGUGGACGUGGGCAAGGCGCCGGGGCGGCGGGCGCGCGCGGCCGUCUCUCUGGCCGAACUGCCGCCGCCGCCCGAGGAGCCGGCCGGCGCCGCAGACGCCGCGCCUUUGAUCGCGCCGCCGCCCCAGUUCAGCGACCGCGUGCGCGUCGUUGCCGCUCUUCCCAAGCUCACCCACCAC